AUGCUUGUUCUACUAAUUUGGUUUCUCCGGUGGCCAAUAAUUGAAGCUCAAACACCUGCAAGAUCUCUCGAUGCUAUCCUCCAGGACUACGCUUAUCGUGCAUUUGUUCGACCACGAACUGGCAUUCCCUACGAUGGAUUCCCCCCUUCAAAUCUCUCCGGCAUUCAAAUAUCAGCAAUCAGGCUUCGAAGUGGUAGCUUAUACACUAGAGGCGUUAAAUCAUACAAAGAGUUCACAAUCCCAAUCGGAGUUAUAUCACAACCAUACGUGGAAAGGUUAGUCUUCGUCUACCAAAACCUCGGAAACUGGUCCACCAUAUACUACCCUUUACCUGGCUACAUCUAUCUAUCACCUAUCUUGGGUCUUCUCGCCUACGACGCCGCAAAUUUAUCAGCCAAAAACCUACCGGAGUUACCCAUUCAUGCCUCCGAGGAACCCAUUUCAAUCAAUUUUCCACAACCAAAACCUGUUCCCAAUGGUUCAAUCGCAGAAUGUGUUCACUUCGAUCUAAACGUCAAAUCCACCAUUGCCCCUUCACCAGCACCAGCACCAGCACCACCACCGCCACCACCUCAUGGUGGUGGUGGCGGGAACGGGAAAAGGGUCGGGAUCAUUGUCGGAGCAAUCGCGGGUGGGAUCGCAUUACUCGUGUUGUUGGCAUUGCUGAUAUUGUGGAUAUGGAGGUUGAAUAAAAAGAAGAAAAUGAAUAAAAUGGAAAAGGCUGCGGACUCCGGCGAAGCGUUGCAGAUGACGGUGGUCGGAAACACGAAAGCUCCAGCAGCCACCACGACAAGAACACAACCGACCCUGGAAACCGAAUAUGUCCCGUGA